GUGCACGAUAGGAUUUCUGAUUUCCGGCAUCAUAAACACCAUCUCGGCACACACUUUUAAGAGUCUCGAUUGUUGGCAGUCCUUAAUCUAUAUCUCGUCCCAGUCUUCACUGUCAUAGCACAUUCAGCACCAUGGUGCUUUCAGCCUUUGAGAUCCUUGCUAUUCUGGAAAUCAUCAUCUUCACACCCCUUCUUGGAGCGUCAAUUUAUGUCACGUACAAGCAUGGACAUCGAAAACAGUUCGGAUGGCGCUUUCUCGUCAUGAUCUCCCUAUUUCGUCUAAUCGGCGGCUCCACGUCGCUGGCUUCAGUUCACCAUCCGUCAUCAGGAUUGACCGCCACAUACGACAUUAUGAACAGUUUCGGCCUCUCAGCUGUGGUGUAUUGCGCCCUUGGACUUUUGGGACGAGUGCAAAACGGAAUGGAAGGAUAUGGCUUGCCGCCGCGCAUCUUCCGACUUCUCGGUCUCCCUGGUAUCGCCGGUUUGGUGCUCAUCAUCCUGGCCAGCAUUAAUAUCUUCAGCGACAAUCCCACCGACCAAGCCCAUGGCUUUGAAUACUUCAAAGCAGCCAUGUGCCUCUUUUUGGCCAUUUUUGUUGCCGACUUCGCCAUCACCCUGCACUCUUUCAGCCGUCGAUCUCAUAUUCAACCGAGCGACAGUCAUCUCCUGCAAGCUGUGGCGAUGGCUUUACCUUUUAUGGCAGUCAGGACGACUUUCAGUAUGCUUUGCGCUUUUGCGGGAAAUCCAAACCUGUUCAGCUCUUGGAGCACCAACUGGAAGGCGAUUGUUGUUCAUGGAACAAUGGGUGUACUGAUGGAAAUCAUCAUUGUUCUUCUCUUCUUGUGGGCCGGCUUCUCCACGGCUCCCGCUCAGCGACCAGCGGCCCCUCCACGCAAGGUGAGCCCCGCUGUCUAUGCGCCAAACGUCCAUACCGAAGAAAUUGGCCAGGCCAAAUAAGCCAUAUGCAGGAUUGAGACAAGGGUUUGCUUAGAAUGUUCUUCCAUUUGGUAGAGGUGUUGGAUACGCAGGAUCAAUGUUUCGGACAGAUAUGAUGGUCAGCCAGGCUUGUACUUAUCUUGUCCUUCAGAGCGAAGCAAAGUAGGUUCUACAUUGGGUUUAGUCUCCUAUUGUAGGACAAUAUGGCGUCCGGAAAACCCUUUUACGGGAUAUGAUUAGCUAAAAUAGUUGGAUGAGAGUGAAUCUUGGCGUAAAAUGAUUAGAUAUACGGGAGUUGCGAUCCCGUGACCCGGAAUAACUCUCUGAAUUUAUCCGACUGAUCUUGGAGUGCCCUGGAGAGAGUGCCCUGGAGAGAGUGCCCUAGAGAGAAGUGCUAUAUGGAGGGUGCCCUGGAGAGAGUGUAUAGUAGUAGUGACUUCUGAAGCUCUGUAGGCGACUUAGCGUUAGUUGCAGCUGCUACUCGCUACGUAUAUUUUAAUUGUACCUAUAAUCAAUUCAGCCAACCAUUUAUCACAAAAAAGGUCAUAGAAUCAGGACAUGACUCUG